GUAAUACAUAAAUCUUCUCAGAACAUAACCUGAAAUUUAGUACGCAUGGUUUUGUGCGUGAGCUGAGAUCGUGAUAUCUUGAAAAAUAGAUCGCUUCACAAUUGAGGGUUAAAAUGAAAUUGAAGAAUCUACGAAAAAAUCCGUUGAAACGUGAAGUCCCAUUGGAGGAAGAAACUGAAGUUAGCGAGAUCGCGCCACCCGAAAAUCUCAAAGUCUCAUUGCCGAGCGACAGCAAUUUUAAUCACAUAAAAUGCAAAAUAGUUCGCCAUAAAAAAAGUGAACAAUUUCGUAGGCAAAAGGCGAAGGCUAAAAAAGAAGAAAGGAAAAAACGCCAGAGGGAUGGCGAGCCCAAAAAAGUCCCUCACACCAUCGAAAGUCUGCGUGAAAAGGACGAGACUACAAUCCAGGGCGACGUUGAUGCGGAGGAAAAUCUUGAGGUCAAAGUAGAUUUUGAGCACGACGAGUUUGCAUCCUAUUACAAACACACAUAUGAGCCCAAAGUACUCAUUACCUACUCUGACAACCCUCUCAGAAAAACGAGAAUAUUUGGUCGCGAGUUGACUCGCAUCAUUCCAAACUCUAUAUCGCUCUACAGAAACAGAUCGGGUGUCAAGAAGAUGGUUAAAAGUGCAAUUGCCAAGGGAUUCACGGACUUGAUAGUGAUAAAUGAAAAUAUGAAACAGCCAAAUGGCAUGCUUGUUGUACACCUGCCCGAUGGUCCAACGGCGCAGUUCAAACUUAGUAAUGUUAAAAUUACACCAGAGUUGAAGCGAUCGCAUAAAGAAAUAACCGAGCAUCGUCCAGAAGUGAUUUUAAACAAUUUCACGACCAGGCUAGGACAUUCGGUUGGAAGAAUGCUUGGGGCGUUGUUUCACUACGAUCCCGAAUUCAAGGGACGCAGGGCAGUCACAUUUCACAAUCAACGAGAUUAUAUUUUUUUUAGACAUCAUAGAUACGAGUUUGACCUAAAAAAGGGGAAAGCAAAGCUCAGAGAAUUGGGCCCAAGAUUCACCCUAAAAUUGAGAUCUCUGCAACGAGGGACGUUCGACAGUAAAUAUGGUGAAUACGAAUGGAUAAUACAAGGACGUCGACACGCCAUGGAAACUAGCAGAAGAAAGUUCUUCUUGUAGUAAAUAGACAUCGUUUUUGCCGUAUAUGCCUUGUAUACAUAUGCAUAAUUUUGACUGGAUGCUGAAUCGAAGCCUAUUGAAAUACGUUUAGGCACGUGAACGUAAAUAAUUUUAAAUCAUGGUAUUCAAUGUUUAUGGAAAUCAUAUUUUCCACUUUACAAUAAACAAAGUAUCCUGAUAA